AUGGCUCCCGUCCCGGAGGCCUAUUUCCCGUCCCUGGACAAGUGCUUCUCCGGGGACGUUCAACUUUUGUCUUGGAGAAGGGCAUUCCUCUAUGUCAAUGAUCCAGAAUCCCAUGCCGACGAUGGCAGCAUUAUCAAAGCUUUCCUGUCGCAUCCUGAGAGCAUUCAGCUGCUGUCGCGCAGCGUGAGCUCUUUCCCCGAGUCCUCCCCUCAAUACAAAACCGAGUUCAAUUCGAAGACAGCCGCAAUCCAUGUUGAAACAAAUGCGAAGAAAUCCUUCGAUCUCACAGAGAUCAAGGCCGAUGCACAAUGGCUCAGCGAAAAAGCAAGGAUCGAUGAAAUCACCGCUCUGCGCAUCGUCGUCCUCGAAUGGCAGAAUCGUCCUGCGACUCGCCUGACAACAACGUUCUCUAGUGAAGAGGCGACAAGCUUGCAGAGUGCAGCAGGCUCGGACAAUCUGCGAAUGUCGGUGGCUGGUCCUAACCUGGCGAGCAUCCUGAAGCAGACCGCUGGCGACGCAGGGUCGUCCACGUUCAACACAGAGGAAAGCAGGCGUUUACGGCUGCGCACCUUGUACCUGUCAGAGAGGAGCCAUCUCCUGAAGACAUUCCGCAAGCUACUCGCGCUGUCACACCACACACCAACCGAACCGGUCCCCUCGAGCACACUUGAGAAUGACUUGAUUAAGCUAGGAAUCACGAUUUUCCGGGAAAAGUCCACUGGUCAAGGCCUAUACAAGCUCCUUGAAGCGUGUAUCAGCGCAGUUCAGAGCCGACUGCAAGAUCUUGAGACCACUGGCGCCUGGCUCGGAGCGGCGGAAAGUAGCGGAGAGAUAGAGGAUAUCUGGAGAACCACUCUCGUGGAAGAAAUCGUUCACAUUCUCCAGAUUAUGUUCCACCAGCUCCGUGCGUCACAGGCUGUUCCUUGUGGAGCUCUUUUGUUAUCAUGGCUUGAACUCAUGCUUGAGUAUGAUUUCUUGGAGAAACUACAAGUACCCUGUGAACAACCCGUGGAGGUCUUGUUGCCUGUCCAGUCUUUUGUAUCACUGACCACGUUGGCCUUCAUGAAACUCCCACUGGCCUUCGAGUGCAUUCUUAACAAAAAACAACCCGAGACAAUACCCUCCGGAGAACCAGCCUACUUCCUAUCGAAGGAUACUCUUUCCAAGACGAGCGAGAUCUUGGUGGGCGCAUCACUUCAUCAACUGGUCACGGUUCAUCCUGCCGGCUUUUCAUGGGGCUUGCUCCUCAAUACUUUGAGCGAGGUUGCCCUUAAUGACAAAAACGCCCGAGAAAUCGAACAGUUCAACAGUGCUGUUGAUUCUUUCAAUGCCAACAGACCUCAUUCUGCGCCUUCUCACGGUUCAGAAGAUUCGUUGUAUGAAACUCUACUGGAAUCCGCCGGAGCGCCUCCAUUUGGUAACGCGGAAACCUUGAUAGCAGAGAUGACUUCUGAUAUUUUACGGGAAUCCGUCUUUAAUCAAAUCGUCGCACUUUCCGUCAAAAUAGGAUCAAUCUCAGCAGUGGACGAUGAGUUGACAGCUCGAUGGGUUCGUUUGGAGCUUCUCGAUCUCGUUCAAAUUGCUACAUACUUCCUGGAUUACUCACCAGAUAUUAUGGAAUCCGUGCUGGGAAUCUUGACGGGCACAUCCGAUGGCCUCUCAUGGCUUUCAACAAAAUCUCCGAGCCCCGAAACCGAUCCGAAAACCGCCUUUGUCAACAAUGACAUCUUGAUGGAUAAGAUUUUCCACAUUGCGCGGUCUCGAUUCCCCUACGAGACGGUUCCUUUCUUGAGGCUUUGUAGAGCCCUGGUCAGUGGCCACUCUGUGAAUGACGAUGGCCUGCCCCGGGUUCUAGAGGAGUUGGAAAACAUGGACACCUUCACACAAAUCGUCUCUCCCGGGUUCCAAGGAUAUGAAACCAUUCGCGAGGAUGAAAACGCCAACUUUGUGUCCCUUAUUCGAUCCCUUCCAAUGCUUAAAGGGUCCUCGCACAACUAUCUCCUCGGCAAUGAGACAAGCAACGCCUUGGUCGUCAGUGGCUCGUCUCGAAUCCCAACAGCAACUGUUGGCCAGGUGAUUUCCGAGUCAAAGCCAGCAGUCGUCAUGUGGCAGCAUCAAUAUUCCUGCCUGAGUUAUCUAGGAAGCUGGCUUGAGGAAUGGUGUGAAAAUGGUGCGGUCUCCUCGGGCUGGGAUGCCGAGUCUGGCACGGAGAUCAUUGGACUCUUAGCAGAUCUCGUCGUCAGUGCAAAGGAUGUUCGCGCCCAGGACUCUGCAGGCACAACUGCUAAACGGAUCCUGGAGAUGGCCAGUGACGGGCUUUCUCGACAGGGCGAUAUAGUUUCGGUCGUCUUGGACAUCUUCGAGCGGAACUUGCAAAGCAUUGGCACUCAGGGUGAUGCUGCUAACACGUUGGAUCCCAUCAUGGCUUGCCUGCGAUUUAUUCAAGAGGUCAUGAAGGUUCUUCCCAGUCGAGUGUGGCCCUUCUUCAGCCGCAGUAGCUUCAUUGGAUCAGAUGGAAAGGGAGGAGUUAUGUCUGGAGUGAUCUCGGCAAUGGAGAUUCCCUCCGGAGAAUAUCCGUUCCUUGUAAGCUGCGUCAACCUGUUCGAGGCAGCUAUCGACGAUGCAGCGUCUCGUGCGGUACUGCGAAAGAGCCCCGGUAGCGUGGCUGGAAAGUCGACGAUAGUCUCCGACUGCAGUGCCGGUGUUCCUUCCCAUGUCAUGAGGAGUAUUCUGCUCAACUUCACACGGAUAAUGGUCGAGAUCUACAACAGCAACGGCAACUGGAGGUUCAACUUCCCGGAACAGCGGUUCAAGAUCAACGGCAUGUUGGCUGCCUCUUUUGACCGCAUUCUGUACUACGCCUAUGGAAUCAACGACAGCGCAAAGCUGGAAUCCAAAAUUACCGGCGUUUUCUCCGCAUCAGCCACAUACCUCCUUGAUCUUCUUCGCCCUCGGUCCACCGCCGACCUCCCAUUCAACCCAAUCCUCCGAUUGAUCUCGGACGGUCUCCAAACUCCGCCUACCCUUCAUAUGCGCUAUCUCACCCUGAUUGAAAACCAGGUCAAUUCCACCUUGAACCUCUGCAUCAAGCUCGUACAGGCAGCGCGACUUGCGGAACAGCCUGCAUCCUUGCUGGAGGAGCAGUUGUUCAAGGCCACUCCAGUCCUGGUCAAGCUGUAUGCACUACAUGAUGCCUACCGGUUGCCAGUCGUUAGGCUACUGGAGAUUCUCAUCACAAGCGCUGCGUCUGAUCCAGACAACGAGCCACCGUCACUCGUCGGCCACCUUGGCGCCGAGUCAUCCUGUCUUUUCCUUGAUGUGCUCUCGCAGCUCGACAAGCCGCUUGCGGAUGAUUCUCUGUUGCUUUCGGUCUGGCGCCUGCUAGCAACUUUCGUGAGCAAGCGACAACAGUGGCUUGCAGUCUUCAUCCUAACUGGCGCAUCCCCCCGUCAGACCCUGAAGAAAUCCGACAAGGUUGAGGGUCCUGCCAUGCGAGGCACUCCAUUCUUGCAGAUGGCCCUCGAUAAGCUUGCCAACAUCGACAAGGAAGAACCUCAGGUCGCACUGGCUUUGCUGGAGUUCGUGUCCCGUGCGCAAGAGAAUUGGCCAUGGGCUACGCCCCACUUGAAGAACCACCCUCAGUUUUUCACCAGCAUCGUAAACUAUGUUUCGAAGCUGAAGAUAUCGUCACUGUCCGUCACAGACCAAAUAUACGUCACGCGGAUUGCCGCUGUCGUUGCAGACAUCUCCGCUGUUUAUCUCCACUCGGCCAAGGAAGCAAGAGACUGGAGUUUUGUGAAGACUCUCAUUCCCCUCGUGCAGUGGUAUGCUAAGGAUGCAGUGGAUGUUUCUGCCUACAACUACUCUUUGCAUGCCAACCUGAAGAAGAACUUCGAGAGUCGGUACACUGGCUGCAAGAUGAUUGACUUCAAGCGCACUCCACUCGUCAGCCGUAGCCUGGGCAGUGAUUACUAUUACGAUCUCAGCAUGGGCCAAAAGUUGCUCUCAUUCGACUUUGCCUGGACUGGAGGUAGUCGGAACCAGGGCUUCGCUGAGGAGUUUGCUCGUGCCAACAUCAACUUGUCGCUAGUUGAAGCACAGGUGUCUCUUCUUAACAGCUGGAAAUUCUUCGCCAUCGAGCAUUGUGCGGAUUUCAUGCCGGAUCGCGAAAUCCAAAAAUCCAUGGCUGUUGUGGCGCAGAACUGUCUCGAAGCCAACACCCGCACCGUGCCUCCGGAGGCUAUCUUUGAGAGGAUCCAACAAGUCCGUGUUGAGUUUGCCCAGGCCCUUCUUCAGCGCCUUGUGGAGGUCGAGUCCCAUGGAGCCGAGGUAUUCCGCCUGCUCGAUGUUGUCUUUAGGACACUGCGUGCCCGACACCGGACCUAUGAAGAAGCACUGAUCAGUGAUGAUACCGAGUACUACCGGUCUCUCCUCAACGUGCUCUUCCUGGCUCUCCAGUUCCACUUGCCGGGGCCCAACCGCGCCAGCCCCGAAGCCCUCAACAAACAGCCCAGUGUCUCAUCCGACUUGAGUGUGGUGGUUGACAUCGUUAAGACCGUUGUCGCACAAGGAUUCAAGUCGCUUACGACAUACCUGCACGAGCAGCCGGAGAAGUGCACGCCGAAGGACUUUGCCAUUAUCAUCGCCAUUCUUCAAACUUGUCUGCAGGUCAAGAAUGCGGACCGGUUGUAUGACCACAUUGCGUUCCACAUCGCUGAGAACGACAUUGCUCGCCAUGCUACGACCUUGUUUUCCUGGGCCGAGCAGCUGACCGUAACGGGCGACCCUAUCUACGGUGAUCUUAGUAUCUCGAUCCUCGUCAAGAUGUCCACUCUUCCUUUAUUGGCCGAGCAUUUGGCCGUGGAGGGCGUUCUGAUGAAGUUGUCGACGUGCCGCCUCACCAACAUCCUUCGUCAACCCAAAGGCUUCGGUCCCUUCGACCCCGUUCCCCGGUUGUACUCUAUCUGGACCGGUGGAUUCCUCCCACUUUGCUUAAAUCUGUUGUACAAUGUCGUCCGGGCGGCGCCAGAAGUUGCCGCCUUCCUCAAUCAGUUCGAGGGCCAGCUUACCCGCGCAUCCGAGUGUUUCUCCACACCCCAUGCCACCACUGCAACCCCCGGUCCCGCAGCACAGUGGAUCAGCCUGAGCAUGGCCUCCGAAGCAUACUCGCUUGCCCUGGUCUCAUUUAUCCUCACUCGCUUCCGCGAAGCAGGUGCCAGUGCUGGACUGGACGCGCAGUCCAUCCAGGACUUGAAGUGGGACAAGGCGCAGGUCAAGGAGGAUAUUGAGGAGCUUCUCGGCCGCCGACCGGCCCUGCGGGCGCGUAUUGUCGCUACAAAUGAGAAGGAGGUGGAAUGGUCGCGACAGAAGCCGACUGAUGCGGGAUCUGGUGCCGAGAACCGGCUGGAGGAAAAGGUUGUGAGCGAGUUACGGGCCACGGUGGCAUGUCUAGGGGGCGAAGAGGAACCAUGA